GACACCGGAUUGCGUGAAUCUGUGUCGCGGAUUUCAGCUCGGAUUUUCGCCUCCGGCUCCAUCGCGUUGCGGGCGCCCUUUUCUGUGUGCGCUUGUAUCUGCUGUUCGUGAAAAAAAAAAGUGUCGUCGUUGCGAACCCUGUCUCUGGGAUACCCUUGACUGACGUCAUUCCCUUUGUAUAUGCUCAACAUAAGUUUUGUGCAUCAAACCGUUUCUAGUUAAAAAAUUUAAAGCAAAUUAAGAUAAAAGCUUGACUUGAUAUUUCUGGCAGCCCAGUUUGGAUGAACAUCGUGUGAUCAAAUAAUGAUGUAGAGUGUUAGAAGCGUCCGCGAACUAACACAAAGCAUUUGCUUGCUAUUGUAUAGUUUUGCUUCUGUGCUGUCAAAUGAGGUGUCAUAGAUAACAUAUCGUUUCUUCUACAUCGGGAUGUGCUGACGAGAGGACAGCAGAGAGGCCGCCCCGUAGUGGCAGGCCCCCAUGGGGACUUGUGUACCGUGGUCUCGUUGUGCGCGAUGGCUUCAGCGUCUUCAACGACGUGCGUUGUCGCCACCCGCUGUGGAUAUCGGCGGAGCUCAACGACGGAUAUCCGAGGACCCACUUCUUCCAACUGGCGACGGCGUUGUCCGCGAGCACUGAACACGGCUUCUGCGAACAUUGUGCUGCUCACAGCGCUGGCGCUCGUCUUCUCCGUGGCCGAAGUGUCGUCGAUGCAUUCGAGAGGCACUUCAAAGCGUCUGAUCGUGCGCGAAGGCCACCAGACGGAGUUGCCGUGCGACUUGCGUGACGCCUUGUCCAACGACUCACUCGCCUUCGUGCACUGGUACCACGCGCCUGAGCGAGACCUUCACAGCGGUUCCUCCGGCGCGGCAUCACCGCUCGGAUACGGAUUCCGUGCAGCGGCGGCCAGCCGCGAACCCAUUUACACUGUGGACUUCGGGCCGGACCCGACACUCAGUGGAGAGACAACAGUCGGAGCCACGGGUGGAAACGGUGCUUCUGGAGGACGUGGGAACAACUUACUGCAGGUCAGCCGCUCAGCCGGACAUGGAUGGAUCGGGCGAGCCUACUUUUCCAUCAUCGGCCACCCGGCCAGCCUUAAGGUGAACAGCGUACGCUUCGAGGACGCCGGCUUGUACACGUGCACAGCCGUGUACCGGGACGGCGCCCGCAGAAACUCGACGGUGCGUCUGCAUGUCGUCGCACCACCGGAACCACCCGUGAUACGAGACGGUGAAGGCAAUGAACUUCGAGGAACGAUUGGUCCCUUCAAUGAAGGCAGCACGCUAGCAUUAGUGUGCGUCGUUUAUGGAGGCAAGCCCAAGCCAACGCUUGUGUGGAGCGGCAUGCCGGACGGAAUGAUGGCCGAGGUGCGCCCUUCUUCGGAAGCGCAGCUCACCACUUCCACUCUGCUCAUCCACUCUCUGAGGAGAGAGGACCUGCGUUCGACACUCUACUGUACAGCGUCUAACAACAUAUCCUCGCCGGCUGACACCUCCGUCACGCUGGACCUCAACCUGCGUCCCACAUCAGUGAAGAUAAGGCGCACCGAGAUCCCGAUCUCGGCUGGCGUUCCUGCAGAGAUCGGCUGCGAAGUAUGGGGCUCCAGGCCAUCACCCGUGGUUACGUGGUGGAAGGGACUACGGGAACUCAAUCACACAUUCGUAUACUUGUCCACGGACGGCAAUAUGACCACGAGUGUGGUGUCGUUUACGCCCUCGAGAGACGACCACGGUUCAAGCCUCGCUUGCCGCGCCAAGAACCCGGCAAUGACCGAGAGCGUGGAGGAGGACACGUGGACCAUGAAUAUCCAGUACAAACCGAAGAUAUCACUGCAGCUGGGCACCAAGCUGAGCCUUGAGAACAUCCAGGAAAACAACGACGUGUACCUCGAAUGCCGCGCGGACGCCAACCCUCCGGUGGACGAAGUUGCCUGGCAGUUCAACGGCGACGAAUUGCAGGCCUCUGAGAAUGUGCUGGUCUCCAAGAACUUCCUCGUCAUUCAGCGAGUGCAGACGCACCACUCGGGCCUGUACUCUUGCAGCGCCGAGAACUCAGAAGGAAGGACGCAGGGAGAGACGCUUCAGCUGCGCGUCCAGCACGCCCCGCUCUGCAAGGCGAACCAGCACGUGGUGUACGCAGCUUCCCGGCACCAGGAAGUUGAAGUGCAUUGCGAGGUCGAAGCAGACCCGAGUAACGUCACCUUCGAGUGGCGCUUCAACAGCACGCUCCAGCAGCGCCCUCUCAAGAGCUUCUGGGUCGAGGGAACACGCAGCGUGGCCCGAUACAUCCCUCACAGCCACACCGAGUACGGGACCCUGCUCUGCACUGCCUCCAACCGGAUCGGCAAGCAGCGACAGCCGUGUCUCUUUCAUGUCGUCCAGGCAGCAGGACCUCCGGGGCCCGUAGAGAACUGCUCCAUCACGAACCAGACUGAGGGAUCACUGCACCUUGAGUGUCAGGCUGGCUCGGACGGUCAUCUGCCGGCGCACUUCGUCCUCUCCGUGCAUGAUGUGCUUACGGCCACUGUUGCCGCUAACUUCACAGCCGACAAACCAGAUUUUUGGGUUCACGACCUUCUUCCGGGCGUAGAGUACUUCUUAGUGAUAUCAUCUGUGAACGAGCGUGGCCGGAGUCCCGAGCUUACCAUUCUGCCCCCUAUUAUGCCCCUAGUGGGCAAGCUCACCAAGUCGGGCAGUGCAGCAAAAAUCUACUCGAACGUCUUGCUCAUCGCGGUUGUCGUGUCCGUGUCGCUUCUCUGCCUGUUGCCACUCAUCGUGUUUGCGGCGGUGAAGCUGAGGAGAAGUGACUUCUUCAACAAGAGUCGCGUGGCCAAGAAAGACAGCACAGAGAGCGACGCUUGUCCAUCUACGACGACCGCAAGUCCUCAAGAGGCCAUGCAGCUGCAGAUAUCCUCGGUUUACCCGAAGGAAGACAACCAAGUUUGGAUCGUUAAGAAGAGCACCGGCCUAUGAGCGUGGGACGUGCUGUGGCGACACUGUCCCCAGCGUGUAAUUUCGACGCAACAGGAUGCCAGCAUAGCACGGGCGGACUAGUGUGUCCUAUCUUGCGGCGUUGUACUGAUGCCUAUGACACUGCUUGACACUGAUGCCUAUGUAUGACUGGGCGUCAUUAACUGUGAUGUCUGUGUGUUGGAAGAACGAAACGAUGAAACCCUUGUUCUUCGAGGGACGUUGAUCGGUUGGUUCGCCUGAGUGAGACGCACUUCACAGUCUUUGCCAGACCGUGACAAUGAACAGGAGCAUGAAACAGUGGCGUGGAUGUGUGACGGACGCGUAAUAGAUGGCGCUCAAAAAACGUUGCUGGCCGUGUUGAUGAGUGAAAGUGAAAGUGUCGGAAGGCUCAUGGUUUCGCGUCUGCGCUUUAUAAGCAUAUUUGCUUAUGCUGACCUUCCUACCUGUGUGCCCAUUUCUGCGCUGAACUGAGCCGACAAGUGGCAACCGCGCCCCACGCGUGACGCGAUGACCCUGCUCAAGCGUGUGUGCCAUUGGAGGAUUGUGAAAAGCUCUGGACUGUUUCUGGAAUGCUCCACUGGGCAUGAGUGCCUCAGCCAGUGCACCUUCUGGGUUUCCCGGUCAUUGGAGAGGCAUCUGUUUGUGCUAAAAAAUAACAAAAAACUCUGAUAGUUGGGCACACUGUGCUCAGAUGCUCUGGAUUCGGAGAGCAGAGCAGCGCUCCGUAACAACCAACAUUUAAUUUGUAGAUGCUUGUGUCAUGAAUCACUAGUGACAGAGAGAAAGCGAUACUCACACAACACUGUGGCUUCUUGUAACUGCUCGCAUUUUCACACUACAAAGCGACGAAAGGAGAAAAAAAAAACACAUUGUGUGUUGUUCACUGCGACAUGUAAUUAUGCAUUGUAACGUGUCAUCGGGUAUUACCCUCACACGAUUUUGAAUAUUGUUUUGUUGUUCCCCCUCUUGGCCGUGUGUUCGGUGUUUUACAUAGCUCAAAUUCGUUCAAGUAAUUGUCUUAAUUUUGCUACUAUACUAGUUUUUAACAAAGAAGUUAUCGCUCAAUACCUAAUUAGGCAUGCUUACAAAAUAUUAAAAUAAGAUUAUGUGUAUGCGAUUGAAUAAUCACGUGAUGUAAAAGGACAGCUACAUAAGUACAUAUGCAGUAGCAACAAAUACAGCGUUGGUGGUGAAACGACAGGGAAUAGCUACUUCUUUUCAAAGUAAUUAAUGACUUGUGUGCAGGUUCGAACGAUACGGUAAUAAAUUGUAAGGAGCUUUCGCUUUUAGCAUUUUGUGUCAUUAAGCACUGUUAUUUAGUCAUCAAGAUAUAAUAAAAGCAAUAUGAGUGUUCUCUAUCGUGUUGCUCAAGAGCGCUUAUAGGGCACUAGAUGUAAAAUCGAAUUUGGUCUGUUCUUCUAGGCAUCCCAUCGAAUACACCAUACUGAAGUUGUCAGGCAGGCUGGCGCAUUUUGUAAGAAUACUUGUUUGGAUCAUAGUUUCGCGGCCUAGAAAAGACUGUUUUUUAUGUUUACAUUGAGCUCUUAAUCAUUCAUGAAAUGAUUUAGGAACUGCAAAACACGUCUUCGAAGUAAGCUGUUUCAGAAUCGGGCGCCUCCAACUUUUCUUUAUGAUACUGCAUUUUCCCGGAAAAAAAAUCUACUAGGACUCCGAGGGAAUGUCACAAGUAACAUAUGUAAAUAUCUUAUGAAAAACACCGGACCGUUUGUACAUAUUUCAAACUCACUUCGAUGAUAUCUUGCGCUUCGCCAGAUCUCCUGUCACAUGAGUCACACAAGUCUUAAGUAAAGAUUGUCAGAGGGAAGAGCUAAAACCAUGAAUGUAAAGAAGAAAGUGUGGUCGAAGAAUAUGAAAUUCAAAGCCAGAAGGAUAUUGAAACCGCAAAAAGUUGCACUGUUGAAUGAAAACGAAGUUUUGCUAUGAAAAACAAACGUUCUCUCGUUGCCUGUGCUGUACUACUUAUGUUUGUCGCUUUAAAAUGCUUGGGGAGAUGUUAUUUUUAUAUUCCCAGGGAUGUAUACACUCCUCGAGCUACAUGUGUCCUUCAAGCAUGCGAGACUGCAUUGCCUGCUUAGUGCAGGUAACUUGAUUUCCGCGUCUUUCUUCUUGCGUCAUGAGUGUGCGAGACAAGUUCGUUGAAGUUUGCCGUUGACAUGGACAACACCGUUUGUGUCAUCACCAGGUUGUAGUUAUCUUUACAUGAGUGUACUUAUCGUUAGACUGUUUCCACGAUUCGCGAUCUUUACGAAAAUUGUUGGGUGCGUCGGAGUGAUGGGUGGCUUAACUCGAGAAAAAGAGUAAUAAAACGCCGCUACCUAUACCGAGGGGGGGGGGGGGGGGGGGAGGGUGAGAGACAAGCGUUUGUUGGGGAACGCGUGUGUUCCUGUGGUGUGUGUGACGUUAUUAUUGUGCUGGAUUCACGCGUAUGUAUGAUAUGCUACAUUUGUAUGCGAGAUGUGUCACACCUGUUUGUUCUCAUCACCUUUCUUGUUUCAUUUCUUUAGUUAUUUUUUGUCGAAAUCGUUGACAAUAAAGUUGAAGUUGACUUUCAUGUUGCAUCGUACUCUAAAUGCGCUGUUAUCCGCGACCCAUGCGGAGAAUAGUGAUUUCUGGUUAAGCGUGACA